AUGGGCAGAGGAAGGGAAAUUAGCCGCAGCAAAAGCUACCUUUGCAAGGCCUGCGUCGGGGUCGGCUGUUUGGCUCUGUAUGCGCGUGCUGCGCAGCAUCUCUUCCCAAAAGGUGGAGGACUUGGACUUCUCCGACCCGAGCCCUGCGCAACCUUCCCCAUGGAGCGGCUCGUCAAUCUCAGCAGUGUGGCCAGAGAUGCGGAAGCUCAGGCUUCGAAGUAUACCGCAGACGACUACUUCGUGCUGGAGGCCGAGGCGGUCAUUGCCAAAGCUCUCGCACGGCUCGAGGCGCCAAAUGCCGGGGCGGCAGCCCUAGAAGCAGCAAAGGAGCUGCGCAGCACGCCCGUUUUUGCCGAGGUACAGCGCGUGUCCACCCUUUACGACUCUGCGCGAGCAACGCUUCAGCCGACGAGGUUCAAGCAAGUUUGGGCGAGGCCCGAUGCAGAGUUCUACGUCCGCUCGGCGCCGGGUGCUUCGUGGUUUGAGUACAAGAUCGUGGCCCAGAUCGAUCACCCACUUGUGAAUUGCAUGGCGCCGUUGCACGAACGAGAGCUGAUCUUGAAGUACCAGCCCGUCUUCGUGGAGCCUCACAGGGAUCUGAUUCCGCCGAAGCCGCACCAUGCUAUCGUGCCUGGGUCGGCAUGCAUGAAGCAGAAGCCAUCCAGAAGGGCUGGCCAUGUAGUUUAA